AUGUCAUAUUUUAGCGGCCAGGGAAGUUCAGACCAAGGAGGCUCAGGCCAAGGAGGUUACCCUCCUCGCAUGCCAACAGCUGAACCAUACGCGACGGAAUAUACAUCAGCUGAAUAUGCUACUCCCUACCCUGCCACUCAGACACCUCAACCAACUGUUUAUCCACCUACUCAUGGCACGGAAUCGUCGUUCUUGAACACGGAUCCCGCAUCAGAACCUCUCCUAACUGAUCCAAAGCCAACUGUCGCCUUUGCUGAAGACCCUCAACCACAGCGGCAUUAUGGUGAAGCACCGCGUGUACAGCCGAGGCGAUACAAGACUACAAAGAGGAGAAUUGAAUUGACUGCGGGUAAUUUGGUUUUGGAUCAACCGGUACCAUCUGAUUUAUUGAAAAUGUGUCCCAGGCAAAAGGAAGAAGAAUUCACGCAUCUGAGAUACACGGGUGCUACUUGUGAUCCAAACGACUUUAAAAAGGAGAAUUACAAGCUCAGGCAAACGUUGUACGAUAGACGGACGGAAUUGUUCAUCGUGCUGACUAUGUACAAUGAAGACGAAAUUCUCUUUGCUCGCACAUUCCAUGGCGUAGUCAAAAAUAUUGCCCAUCUUUGUACUCGAGACAGGUCACGUAUGUGGGGCAAAGAUGGUUGGAAGAAAGUCGUUGUUUGCGUCGUGUCCGACGGCCGUAAGAAGAUCAAUAAACGCACUCUUGCAUAUUUGGCUGCUAUCGGUGUAUACCAGGAGGGGAUUGCCAAGAACGCCGUAAACGGGCGCGAAGUCACUGCCCAUAUCUACGAAUAUACUACCCAGAUCUCGAUCGAUCCCGACAUGAAUAUCCGGGGCUUUGAUAAGGGGAUAGUACCCGUGCAAGUUUUGUUCUGUUUGAAGGAAAAGAACGCAAAAAAGAUUAACAGUCACAGAUGGUUUUUCAACGCUUUUGGGGGCGUGUUGGAUCCAAACGUUUGCGUACUCUUGGACGUGGGCACCAAACCAGGAAGUACAAGCAUCUAUCAUCUGUGGAAAGCGUUCGAUAUUAAUUCCCACAUAGCAGGCGCGUGUGGAGAAAUUGUUGCCAUGAAAGGCACGGCUGGUGUCAAUCUGCUUAAUCCUCUUGUCGCAACACAAAACUUUGAAUACAAAAUGUCCAACAUUCUUGAUAAGCCGCUUGAAUCAGUCUUUGGUUAUAUCACUGUGCUUCCCGGUGCUUUCUCUGCUUAUCGAUACAUUGCCUUGCAGAACGAUAAGAACGGGAACGGUCCGCUUAAGCAAUAUUUCCUGGGUGAAAAGCAGCAUGGUGGAGAUGCAGAUAUUUUCACAGCCAACAUGUACUUGGCCGAAGACAGAAUUCUGUGUUUCGAAUUGGUGGCCAAGAGGGAAGCAUCGUGGUUGUUGCAUUACGUAAAGAGUUCUUACGCUGAAACUGACGUGCCCGAUCAAGUACCGGAAUUGAUUAGCCAGAGAAGAAGGUGGCUGAAUGGAAGUUUCUUUGCGGGCGUUUAUGCUAUUGCAAGCACGCUUGCCAUUUUUAGGAGUGAUCAUACAAGCAUUAGAAAAUUCUUGUUGUGCGUUGAAAUGGUCUAUCAGGCAUUCAACCUGAUCUUUUCUUGGUUCGGUUUGGGUAAUUUCUACUUGACGUUUUACAUAUUGGGCAAUUCUCUGACGGAUCCUGUGACGGCUAAAGGAUUGUGGGAUCCAUCGGUUGGCGACGUGAUAUUCACAAUCCUAAGAUGGCUUUACAUAUCACUUCUUAUUGCAUCCUUUAUCCUGGCCAUGGGAAACAGACCUCAAGGUUUCAAAUGGGCUUAUAUAACCGCCAUGGUCUUCUUUGCCUUCCUCAUGACAUACAUGUUGUUUGCUGCGGUUUGGAUCACAAUCAAGGCCGUUGAUGCCGCGAAAAAUGAAACCUUUGCCGACCUUGCUAAUGCCGGUGCCAAUGUUUCAACUGCAAACGCAAUAUUGAGCAAUCCAACAUUCCGUAACGUCAUCCUUUCACUUGCGUCUACAUUUGGUUUGUGGCUCGUUGCCAGUUUCCUGUUCUUUGAACCAUGGCACAUGUUUACUUGUUUGGCACAAUACAUGUUAUUGGUGCCAUUCUAUGUAAACAUUCUCAACGUUUACGCUUUCUGUAACACACACGAUGUCAGUUGGGGAACAAAAGGUGAUACCGCCAUGCCUUCACAUGAUUUGGGUACUGCACAGGCAGCCCCAGGGAAAGGCACGGUUGAAAUAGAGGUCGCUGAAGAAAGGGAUCUGAACGUCCUCUAUCAAGAGGCCGUCGAUACGAUCAAGACACAAGUCGCAGAAGAACCCCAACAUAGAGAUGCCGCCACAAAACAAGAGGACUAUUAUAGAAAUUUCCGUACUCGUGUAGUAUUGGCAUGGAUAGUCAGUAACGGGGCUUUAGUUGGUAUCAUUACAAGUACGAGUGAGACUCUUUCUAAACUUUUGACUGAACAACAGAGGAGCAAUAUUUACAUGGCCUUUAUACUUUGGAGUGUAGCAGCACUAGCCUUUUUCAGAUUCGUUGGAUCGAUGUUGUAUCUUCUCUUUAGAUUAUUCACUGGUAAUUAG